ACAUUCAACAGGAGGAACCCGCGGGAGAGGAGCCCCGAGCCCCCCGCGCCUCAGCCGCUGCAGCCCGUGCGCCCCGCGCCCGCGCGCGCCAUGGCCAAGGAAGGCGUGGAGAAGGCGGAGGAGACGGAGCAAAUGAUCGAGAAGGAGGCAGUCAAGGAGCCGGCGGAGGGCGGCGGCGGCUCUCACCGCCUCGGGGACGCCCAGGAGAUGCGCGUCGUGGUGCUGGCCGGCUUCGGGGGGCUCAACAAGCUGCGGGUCACCAGGAAGGCCAUGCCCGAGCCGCAGGACGGCGAGCUCAAGAUCCGCGUCAAAGCCUGUGGUUUAAACUUCAUUGACUUGAUGGUGCGACAAGGGAAUAUCGACAACCCUCCCAAGACCCCCCUGGUGCCAGGAUUUGAAUGUUCUGGGAUUGUUGAAGCUCUGGGGGACAGCGUUAAAGGAUUCGAGAUCGGGGACCGUGUCAUGGCAUUUGUCAAUUACAAUGCCUGGGCAGAGGUGGUCUGCACACCAGUGGAAUUCGUCUACAAGGUCCCAGAUGACAUGAGCUUCUCCGAGGCUGCUGCAUUCCCUGUGAACUUUGUCACAGCCUACAUGAUGCUCUUUGAAGUUGCCAACCUCCGAGAAGGGAUGUCUGUGCUCGUACACUCUGCUGGCGGCGGUGUGGGCCAAGCUGUGGCUCAGCUGUGCUCCACUGUCCCCAACGUGACUGUCUUUGGAACAGCUUCUACUUUCAAGCAUGAAGCCAUCAAAGACUCCGUGACUCACCUCUUUGACAGAAAUGCAGACUAUGUGCAGGAAGUGAAAAGAAUCUCUGCUGAAGGAGUGGACAUUGUUUUGGAUUGCCUCUGUGGGGACAACACUGGAAAAGGUCUCGGCCUUCUCAAACCACUGGGAACCUACAUUUUAUAUGGUUCAUCCAACAUGGUGACUGGAGAGACCAAGAGCUUCUUUAGCUUUGCAAAAUCAUGGUGGCAGGUUGAGAAGGUGAACCCCAUCAAGCUAUACGAAGAGAACAAAGUCAUCGCUGGGUUUUCCCUUCUAAACCUGCUCUUCAAACAGGGCCGUGCUGGCCUCAUUCGAGGAGUGGUGGACAAGCUCAUUGGGCUCUACAACCAGAAAAAGGUCAAGCCCGUGGUGGACUCCCUGUGGGCCCUGGAGGAGGUGAAGGAGGCCAUGCAGCGGAUCCACGACCGAGGGAACAUCGGCAAGUUAAUUCUGGAUGUAGAAAAGACCCCGACUCCACUGAUGGCCAAUGACAGCACAGAGACCAGUGAGGCGGGCGAAGAGGAGGAGGACCACGAGGGUGACGGUGAGAACAAGGAGAGGAUGCCCUUCAUCCAGUAGCCCAGGACCCAGGCAGGAGGACGUGAGGGAUGCUCUGGAGAAAGAGGAGCCGGCUGAGAAAACCCUUCUGUGCCCCAGUGAACAAAUGCUGUAGUCCAGUGUGUGUUGUGUUUGUCUGCUGUCAGCUGAGCUAAAAAGCUGUUGAUCACUGUUGUUUUUGAAAUUAAGUGCCAAUCCCAUUCCAUGCAGUAUUACGUCCUUCCCCCAUCUGCGUGUUACACUCUCCCCACUCCCCUGUUUCAAAACCAUCCAUCUUUGGGUCCUUCUCGACAGUUCUAGAACAGCCUUGCAAAUUGAUACAAGCCCACAGGUCCAUUGCUUAAGAGACCAGACAUGGGCAAAGACAAGUUUGGAUUGAAAGGUGUUAUCACAGAGCACUGUCCUAGAAUUCUUCAGGCCAAUGACACUUUUUGCUGCCAGCUGCCCAUGCUUCCGACAAGACCACUUGCCAAUCUGGCUGGCAGAAAGAGGGUAGGCCAGGAAAUGUUUUCACAAGCCUGUAAGUUUAUGAUCUCUCCAAGUUGCACUUUCCUACUUCCCAUUGAAGAGGCAACCUCCUUACAUUCAUUCAGGUGUUUCACAGUCAAAAGGUUAAACCAACCUCCUCCCCUCACCCUCUGAUGCUUGAUUCCUUCACCAGUUCUUAACCAUACACAUAGGGAAAUAGGUGUGGAUUUUUCAGGAUAGAAGAUGGGUCAACAGCCACAGUAUGAGGACCAGCCACAGAGAUCCCUCCUCUGAAACCACAUCUCACGAGCAAAAUCCUCUCCCCGCCAUAUGUAUUUAAUUUUAAGAAAACUCACCAGGUGUGGGACUAUUUCAAAGUCAUUACUGAGACCCGCCUAUGUUUGCACACUUGCCAUUGGCAUUACCGAUUUUGCUCUUUUCAUUUCCUGGUACUGAAUAACAACCUUUACCUUGGAUCCCCCAAGAAAGAUCUCCUUUGUAGACCAUAUUUGGGGGGAAAAAAAUCAAUGAGUAUCUUUCUUCUUGCCAAAGCGUGUUCCAACGUGUCACAAACUCUAGCGAUACAAAAGUCGAUGUUUAGUACCUGAUGCCAAAUAUGUGUUCCUCUCCUCUGAAAUAUAAAAUUAUGGUGCAGACUCUUUGCAAGGCCCUGCUUUUUGGAAAUCCGGUACCAAAUUACUUGAUUGCACACCCUUGAUUAAUUUUCCAGCUCCCAGACUCCUAAGAAGCCCACCCCCCGCCCCACCCCACUUGACGCGGCUUGAGGUGAAUAGUUCCUCUGGAGGGAGGACAAGAGACUCAGUAUCUCCACGGGGCGGGGAGGGGGUGCUCCUCCCCACCUCCUCCCAGUCCUGUUGGCCCAGAGGGCGGACUCCAUCGCUCACAGACCAAACCGGAGACACAAGGAGCCCGCAGGGUUAGCACCCCAACUCACCUGCGUUCCGGAAGACUUCCGAGGGCUCCUGCAUUGCCCAACCUCUCCACCAAUGAGCCUUAGGGUACACCCCACACUUCCCCCGAGUGAUGGCAAUGAAUGCAUUUCAGCAACUACCUGUUUUAUUCCCUAAGUCCAUUUGUAACAAAUGUCACCUCAUUAAUCAUGUUCUUUUUUUCCUAUCCUAAACUUGUGAUGAUGACUUAUUUAUGCCAAAUAUUUAUCUGAAGGAAGUGUCUCCUCAUUGUGAAUGUACAUGUAAGCUAUGAAGAUGAGAAAGGGUGGUGCCAUCUGAUGAGCAAAGGGAUGAGAGCAUCUCAAAAGAAGACACCAACAUCAACUUCUCUUCUCUGGGUCAUUUAGAAAGAUAACAUAGAGGUUGUAUCCCCCCAAUAUGUUUGCUAAAUGCAGUGCUAUUGGUCCAUGUUUUUCCCAUAACCAAGCCCUCAAUGAGGUCUUAAGAGGAACCGUCACCCAAGUGACAUUCUUGGUGAGCUGGCCAGAGAUGGCAUUUUUUAGGGCUGGGGGAGCAGAGACCCACUGGCCAUAUCAGGCCUCUUAUUUGCCAGGGGAGACGAACUCUCCAUUCAGAAUCCAAAUGGCCUUUGUUAUGUCCAGAGGAUUAGCAUGAAAAGACAUUCUUCCCCAGAUCUGUGUUUUCAACUAUAAGGUUUAGACAAUAAUCACAAAUUAUGCUGGUUAGUUAAAGAAAACCCUUUUGUCUCCUUGGGAUACAGAAUGAGAAGAGAAAACUAGUGUUUGACCAAUAAGACCAACUUAUGCCAUGAAGAAUAGGGAAAAAAAUUAAAGUAUCAAAAUCAACUGUUUAACACACUCUCGUUCGAAGCAUCUUCUUUGCUGUCACUUGACUGUUUUUCUGAAGGAAGUGUACAGAACGUCUCAGGUUGCCUUAAAGGAACUGUGAAGGCUUCUCAGUAAUUUACGUUUGAUGGGAGGGAACUGAAACAUUGUCUAAUGUGUUUGUGGCUUUAGAGCUUCUGUUAUAUUGUGCCUACAAAGCAAAUUAUGUUUACAUAAAAAAAUAUAAAU